UUGUACAAAAUGCCAGCAUCGCCACUUGCAGGAAAAGUUUGUAUCGUAACUGGUGCUACACGAGGUAUAGGCAAAGGGAUAGCCCUCCAGCUCGCCCAGAAAGGUGCGAAAGUUUACAUUACUGGACGAACUCUUGAUCCACCAAAACAAUCCAAAGUUGGCGGAUCUUUACGUGAAACUGCACAUGAAAUAGAAACUCGUGGUGGAAUCUGUAUCCCAGUUAAAUGCGACCACUCAAAAGACAGUGACAUUGAACAAUUGUUUGAACAAGUGAAACGUGAAAAUGAAAAUCAGUUGGAUAUUCUAGUUAACAAUGCUUAUUCGGCAGUCAAUAGCCUGGCCAACAAUUAUAAAGUUAAGUUCUGGGAGUUGUCUCCGUCAGUAUGGGAUGAGGUUAAUAGAGUAGGGCUACGGAACCAUUACAUUUGUUCCGUUUAUGCUUCCCGAAUGAUGGUUCCUAGAAAACAAGGGUUGAUCGUAAAUGUUUCUUCCGGCGGCGGACUCAGAUACAUGAUCGGUGCAGCUUACGGUAUUGGGAAAGAAGCCUGUGAUCGGAUGGCUGCCGACUGUGGAUUUGAGUUAAAGAAACAUAAUGUUGCUUUUGUUAGCUUAUGGCCGGGCGCCGUUGGAACUGAAAAUAUGUUGGUAAAUCUACGUGACAGUCUGAAGAAACCCAGAAUUGUUGAUAACUCGGUGUCAAUGAGAAGUCGCGAAAAAAUGUUAGAGUACUUUGAAAAAGGUGAAACUCCAGAAUUUGUAGGACAGUGCAUUGCGGCAAUGGCUGUGGAUGCACUGCUGAUGGAAAUGAGCGGUAAGAUUGUAAUGACUUGCGAUCUAGCUCGGAGAUAUAGUCUUCGAGACGCCGAAGGCCAUACACCCACGGAAAUGCGUCAAAUCAACAAGAUUUUAGAUCAGUUUGGGCAUACAUGGCUUUCAUGGUGUAUUCCUAAUUUUGUUCGUGUACCAACGUGGCUUCUUUGUCUUGGUGGAAAUAAAUUCUUUUGAGUGAAACAUACCGUAGGACAUGAAAUCAUAAAGCUGGUGAUAAUAAUAAUACAAUACUUGUAUAAAUAUAUGAUCUGUUUAUGGAGAGGUAAUUUAAAAGUCCAGACUGUCCAGAAUUUUCGGAUCCAGUCUGAAAGCAUUUAACUAGCUAGUAAAUAAAAGGUGCUGGUCACGUAUUCAUCAUCGUUAUUAGUCUGAAAUUUAGACUUGGACUUUUCUUCCAUUUUGCAUAUUUUAGAAAAUAUGAAUAUAUAGAUCUAUAUAAAUAUUCUAUUUAAAACUGAAUCAUACACAAAGUACAUGUCAGUGAAUAAACCGCGCUGACCGGAGAGGACCGGCCGUAUU